AUGGCUUUACGCUUCCGCAGUGUCAUUUCAUAUGCCAUACCUGGAGCGCUGGCACUUCUUGGCUGCUGGUGGAUCUAUUCCUAUAGAAAAAAGCAUGCAAGCUACCAUGAGGAACAAGCAAUAGCUGUUGAAGAAGAGCAACAGGAAGAAGUGCCAGAGAAUGAUUCAUCACCCAAAACAGAAGCAUGUGUUCCUCGAAGACGGCGUCUCUUGUCGGUAGAGGAAUGCCUAGAGAAUGAAACCUCGACCUCCCUGCUGUCAGCAGGGUUGACGACGCCCUCUCUUCUGUGUCAGACUCAUGAGAGGCUAGAUCUCUCACAGGACCUUCCAGACCUGUCAGUAACGACAAUUCAGCCCAGCACCCUUGAGGACGACAGUGAAAAACUAGAGACAACAGAAUCUCAAGAUGAAAGCGGUGUCCCUGCUUGUGUUUCUCUCCCUCUGAUCUCAAAGAGCACAGAGUGUCACAGCAGUGCUGCAGUGAGCCUUCUACAGGAUUCAAGCUCUAGUGCAGACCAAGAUCAGUGGCCAUCAGCGUCAGUGACACUGACGCAAAAGUCUUUGGGAAUCACAGAGAUCAGCAGUGUGGAGCAGUCAGAUGAUUCUUCAUUUAAGCCCCCUAAGGAAAGCCAGAUGCCAGAAAUUGUACUUUUGGAUACCGGCUCUGUGACAGCCCUUUGCUUGGGAUUGGAGAAGGAAGCCAAUACCCCAGAAGCCUUUCUCAAUAAUAGAGAUGAAGUCAUAUCAAGUCACAGGGAUCCUGCAGUGAGCAUGUUACCGGAUAGUUUGGAGUCUGCCUGUUUGGAGCAGUCCAGGAAAGAAGAGAUGUCUGAGUCAAUUGCCAGUACUGUACCUGUGUGUCAGGAGGAGGACACACAGCCAAAAGGAGAUGAAUUGGAAAGAGAGAAGAUUGGAGGAGUGAGUUUGGACAAGGAAGAAGUUGAGAAAAUCGAGCAAGUAGCAAUACACAUAAUUUCCAAGGUCAUUUUGGCAGCAACAGAGCAAGUGCUGUCUGGUGCUGCAAGUGAUGUGUCCACUCGGAUCUGCCAAGCUGCAGCCAGCCGAGUUGAGAGAGCUGUGGAGACGGCAAGCGUUGUUUCCUCUGAUCAGAUGGUUACGGAGGAAGCUACAGUAGCUGAUGAGAACAUUGCUGCGAACGGUGAUGCUGCGGUACUGACAUCCCCGCAGACAGAGGAACAGGAUCAGAAUGUGACAGAUUCCAGCUCUUUAACACCUGGCUGUUUAUCCAGCGCUGUUCAUGGAGACACAAAAGACUCUCAGAUGAAGAACUGUGUGUGCAGUGAGCAAGUGCUGCCUGGUGCUGCAAGUGAUGUGUCCACUCGGAUCUGCCAGGCUGCAGCCAGCCGAGUUGAGAGAGCGGUGGAGACGGCAAGCGUUGUUUCCUCUGAUCAGAUGGUUACGGAGGAAGCUACAGUAGCUGAUGAGAACAUUGCUGCGAACGGUGAUGCUGCGGUACUGACAUCCCCGCAGACAGAGGAACAGGAUCAGAAUGUGACAGAUUCCAGCUCUUUAACACAUGGCUGUUUAUCCAGCGCUGUUCAUGGAGACACAAAAGACUGUCAGAUGAAGAACUGUGUGGGCAAUGAGUCCCAAGGAGCUGAUCGGACUCCUGUGGAAAACCAUGGGGGGUCACUGGAAAAGUCACCUUUGGUUUUGGAGGACUCUGGGUGCAGCACAUACACAUCUGAACAUGGGACAAGUGUGGAGGACUCAUUGCAGAACACAGUGCUGUCUGUCGCAUCAGGCCAGCAUUGGGACUCACUGAGCAUAUCUGCAACCCAAGACACGUCUGUUGAGCAGAGCUCACCAAGUGAAAAACCUCCUAUUCUGAAGCUACCUGAAGACAGCCAAGUGCCAUACAGUAAUGGGAUACUGAAUGAGGCUGGUCCGGACUUGCAUCAUGAGCGGGCAACAGGGAUGCAUGGAGAUCACUCAGGAGGUUCGCAUGUAAAUAACGUGGAUUUUGUGGACAGUGGCUGUGCCAUGAGGAAGACAGUGACUCGCCAGAACUCUAAGCUGGGAGGAGAAUCCAGCAAGUCCGACUACAUUAUCUGGGAAAUAGAGGUCCCAAAGGAAUUAGUUGGCCGCUUGAUUGGCAAACAAGGAAGAUUUAUGAGCUUCUUGAGGCAAGCGUCUGGUGCCAAAAUUUAUGUCUCAACGCUACCUUAUUUCCGUGACUCCCAAGUCUGUCACAUCGAAGGCUCCCCGCAUCAAGUAGAAAAAGUACUGAGCCUGAUCGGCCAGAAGUUCAAAGAGCUGUGUCUCACCAACAUCUACGGUCUACCUCCACCAACACCAUUGACGCUUCAUUCCCUCCUUAUGACUGCCUGG